AUGGACCAACUUCAGAGCCUCGUCCUCGAUCCUUUGAAACCCUACCUGUCCCCGAUAACCAGUAACCUGCCCGCCCCCGUCAAUGACCUCGCCAUCUCGCUCCUCGGCGAAAAAUGCCACUCGGCCCUCCUCCUCGACCUCGACUUCUCAUCCCAUCCCGAAUGCGUCUCCCUCGCCAUCUCCAAGGCCCUAGGCAUCGGCAUCAUCACCGCCGCAUCCGUGGUCAAAGUGCCGCAGAUCAUCAAGCUCGUCAAAUCCCAAUCGAGCGAGGGCCUCAGUUUCACCAGCUAUCUCCUCGAGACCGCCAGUUUCGUCAUUACGCUCGCAUAUAACAUGCGCAAAGGCUUUGCGUUCAGCACGUACGGCGAGACGGCGCUCAUCGCGAUUCAAGACGUGGUGAUCAGCGUGCUGAUCCUGGCGUAUUCGGGCAAGAAGCCCGCCGCGGGAGCGUUUGUCGCCGCCGUCGGAAGCGCUGUUUACGCGCUCAUGGUGAGCGACACGCUCGUCACGGAGGCGCAGAUGACGACCUUGCAGGCCGGCGCCGGCGGGUUGAGCAUCGCAAGCAAAGUACCCCAGAUCCUGGCGAUUUGGCAACAAGGCGGGACGGGCCAGCUGUCUGCCUUUGCGGUGUUCAACUACCUGUUUGGCAGUCUCAGUCGCAUCUACACCACGUUGCAAGAGGUGGACGACCAGCUGAUCCUGUAUGGCUUUAUCGCCGGGUUCUUCUUGAACGCGGUGCUCGCGGCGCAGGUGCUCUACUAUUGGAACAGUCCGACGACAGCGGGGCAUGCCAAGGAGGUGGGUGUCGGAAAGAAGAAUCAGCUACAAGGUGUUGGACAGAAGGGAGCGGCCGCGCUGGCGACCGAGGAAGCGACCAAGGGGAAGCUGACUCCUGGCUCGGCGGGCACGACUGCGCGGCCGAGCAGCAGCAGUGGCAGGAGACGAGGAUGA